AUGAGCAGGACGCGAAAGUCGCUUGAUGCGAGUUGCCGCGUCGAAGGGCUGGAGAAGGGCCGCACCGCCGUCCGAGCGCAUAACUUUAGAAGCCUGAGGUGGCACUCGAUCUGCACAGUCGCGCCUGUGGCUAGUGAGCAGGUUGAAGGCGGUCGUGCCUCACGCAGAACCGCGAAUGCAGGCGAGGACGGCCUUUCCCCUCGCCGGAAAUACUUUGACAGCUCUCUGAAAGGAGAUCGCAGCUUCACCUUGGGAGGAAGCUUCCCAGGAUGUCGUCCAGCAAGUGGCAACGAAGAUCGAUGGGCACGGGAAAAACAUCUUCCGGAUACUGAAUGCGACGGAACGUCCCACCACAUUUUUCAUUUGGAACAGGAGGUUCGCAAUGGAUUUCCCGUCGGCAACGCCACAGCGCCUGCCGCAGGGCGGCAGCGAGGCGCGCGCGUCAGACUGAAGCAGCUUGACUUUCACGCAGCUGUUCGGAGAAGCAAGUCUGUUGAGCAGUUGCUAGACGUUUGCGCUGAUUUUCUACUAGAGACCAAGCAGGAGAUUGGGGACUGCUGUGCGGCGGACCGCACAAGUCGCGGUUUUGAGACAAUCCGGACAAUCGCGCAGGAUCACCUUGACUGGUCGCCGCUUGGGCCUGUCACAGGGGGACCGCCUGAAGUGUCUCAGCCCCUCUCUUCUGCUGAGUGUUUGGUCGCUCUGCACGUUUGUCCCCACGUUGCUGCGGACUUCGGGUGGAUCAAUUCCGCGCACGUGCUGCACCGGCUGGCGCUGCUUGUCGCAGACAGUGGCUUCACCGGCUUGGCCAAACCCUCUCUGGGCGAGUGGCGACAGACUGGUGACGAUGCAGUGCGAAGCGCGAGACGACUCCGCCGCCUCGCCGCCUGUGGAGACGACCACGGAGGAAAAACAGUUGGAUGCGAAGGAAAGCGAGAGUGCGGAAGCGCGCCGCACCUGCCAUCUCAUUCUCAAGGAAGCACUGCCCAGGAUUUGCAGGCCGCAGGGCUGGCUCAGGACGAGCCACCAGUAGAUCGCAGCCCAGCUGUGAGGUCUCCUAUUCACCUGCUUGACGACCCACGUUUCCUCUGUGUCAUGCGUUGUGUGCUCCACCACCUCAGAGACACCCAUCGGAAACUGCUUGCAUGCGGCUACUCUCCACUGCCCGAACGCGCCGCCGGCGAGAACUCGCGCGAUUUCAUGCAACCUGCGAGGCUCUUUAGGGGCACGGAUGCGCCGCUUGCAGUCAGCCACUUGCAGGCGUCACGCUCGCCCUCAGAUCCCGGUUCUGCCAAAGGCUCCCGCGACGCCCGAGUAGACUCCUGCGGGCUGUAUUCGGUUUCAAAGAGAGGACGAGAUUGCGCAAGGGCCAGCAGAGCCUCGUCGGCCUUCUCGUGUGCGCGUGUAGCAGUGGAUUCCUCGUGCCCAGAGAAGGAUGAGGCAGAUCUUCAAUGCUCGCUUGCUCCAGGGGAUGGUUUGCCACGGACACUCCCUCCUUGGAUCGCCUCUGAGGUCCCCACGGAUUGCGCAGUCAACAAGAUCGUUUCGGGAGACGGAACGACGAGAACGUAUUCUUGCUUCAAGGCGGCCGAAGAGGCAGCUGCCCUGCCGGCACUCGAAGCAGAUGACCGCGCGACCCUAGGAUGCACACGAGCUACGAUGCGUCGUAGCAUACAAAGCACAGCAGGAGUGGAAGAUUCCGGGGGGUACAUGCUUGCUCCAGGCGAAGCGACGAGCAGAGGGCACUUGGGGAUAGCCGAGGACGGCGUACCUCCGGCCCCAAGCAGAAGUGGACAGCUAGAGGGAAGAAACGAACCCACGCCCCCGCAGCUUCGGUUUGUAGCCUCUCUUUGUUGGGCGUACGGGAAGCUUCGGCUGCCUCCACCAGAGCAGGAGCGGGGGACAUUCUGCGCCGUCUCUCGAGGCGGAGACUCUCCGAGCCCUGCGGGAAUGCCGGCGGAACAAGGUGAACCAAGAGGAAGCCAGACGACGAAUGCGACUGCAGAUUUUCGUGACGCGGGCUUGGGGUCCUCGCAUGUGGCGGCUACCGAGGCGGGUUUCCAAGGUUGCCACGGUGCGCUACUAGACACGAGAGGCCUGGCGCCACCCCAUCAUUUGCACCAGGAGACAGCCGCGCAUUCUGGCUACGAGUCAGAUGCAGGGGUCUCUGCCGCGGCUGCGCCGUCUACGGACAUAAAGCCCGGGACACAUAUCCGUCCAGGGCAACAGCCAUGUGCAGAGAUGCUCCAUCUUCUCGAAAGCAGUGUGCUGCGCUGCCUCCCCUAUUUCCGUCCUCGCGAGCUUUCCAUAGGUCUUUGGGGGCUUGCCCAGUGCCGCGGCUCAAACCCUGCCCCCUCUGCUACUCAAGACGGACGAAAUUACACUAACGGCGCGGCCCAGGACGCCUUCUGGCGUCAGGCCGUUGCUGGGGUUCGUCGUCGCGUCCCCGAGCUUGCCCUGCGAGAGCUCUCCAUGCUCGCUCAUGCCUGCAGCACUGUGGGGCACCGCGACCAGGCUCUGAUGAACGCCAUUGCCAGCGGCAUGCUGCGCCAACUGCCGACAGAAUGGGAGCAAUACCACCAACAGCUUAGGGCGCUGCACGCGGAGACCUGUCCCCUGGCCGCAGGCUCGGCGAGUCGCGGCAAGCCUCGUCGGCGGAGUGCAGCGUGGGCUAGCAGGCCUGAGGGCGUCUCCGGUGCCCAUGUGAGGCUCAUAGAUACGUACUCAAGAUUCGAUUGCCUGCCGCACGACAGCAAGUGUAUCUCGCAGGGAAUGCAGGGGCCUUUCGUAACCGGUGGUGAGGGUGGCGCACAAGGAGGCGUCGCGUCGAGGACGCUGGGAGAGAGUGUGGCAGGGCUGUUGUCUGCUUUUGCCGCCCUUGACAUUCCAGCUUCCGACUGUUUUCAUGCAGUUGCUGCUUUGCUGCUUAAAGAUCGGGCCUGCUCAACACAGGGCAGUCUGGGUCCCGGCGCAGCGCGACGAAUACCCGAGGGACGAUCUCCGCACGUUCCCCUCCGACUGCGUGUGGAUGAAGGAAUGAAAAGAGGAGGAAACGAGGAGUAUCCUUUCGAAACCACAGCCACGAAAGAGUCUCGCGCAGUGCCUGCCGGCACAGAGUUGUCGACCGUCCCUCUUACAAUAACUGCGGAGAAGUCUCAGUUCUGCGCGACAGCCGCGGUGGGUCCGUUCUUGGCGUCCCUCCAGCCGACCGCCGUGACGUCACUUGUAUGGGCCUUUUCCUCUUUCUUUGCAGGGUUGGCAUGUGGCAACCCCGGGGAACAGGACGCAGUCUCGAAGGCCUUUGGAGGACCUGCCGCAGAAGACUUGCGUGGGGGCGCUGGACAGCCACGUGCUCCGUAUGGAAAGCUUUGUGAGGCCUCUUCAGCUGACGCCAGUUGGGGGGGCGACACUCGGCUGGAUGUGCGCGCCAGUUCGGGAUCCCAAUUUCUCGACUGCGGGCGCAGAGAGGACAUCGUCCAGACGCUACCGGGGCACGCAAGGAAGAUACGAAGCUGUGAGCGGCAGUUGCUUUCUCAGCUGACUAUCUACCUGGCGACGCAUGCACACGCCUGUGCGUGGCGGUACUCGACAUUGGAUAAAGUGCAGCUCUGCUGGGCCUUGGCUCUCCAGGACAUGUAUAUGCCCAGUUUGCUCUGGUCCGCGCUGUGUGAAUUGGACUCUCCAAGUCAGCCAAGGCGAAAACGGAGUCAAAAUGCAUCAGCGGCAGACUUGCAAACUGUGUGCACCGCUACGACGUCUUCGUCAAAAACUGGAGGCUGCGCCUCGGACUCUUUGGACUGUAGUGCUGGAAGCGCCAUGGCGCCGAGUUGGAAACGAGCAAGGGCCAGGGAGGCCAGCGAAGCCUUCAACGCAGAGGAGGGGAUCAGUGACAGCUUUAUUUCCCACAAACAACAAACUCAACUUUACUUCGCUACUGUUUCUUACUUGACGCGAGGAGACACCAGCAUGGUUCUGGGGAGGAGUGUGGGUGAAGCGGACAAGCCCGCUGCGGCACAAGAGAGAGCGCCUUUCCAGGCUCGAGUGUCAGGGCGCCAGCUGCCUUGUUCUCGUGCACCGGGGGCUUCUCGCAGGGCGAACGAGACUGAACCCUUGCCGGCGGUUCCACUUCGUAACGGCAAGUCUGUGCCAUCAGCCGAGAAUCCCAGCCUGGGCUUCGCCCAGCCUAGCAAGGAGGCAGCCUCUUGCCGUCUAGGGUGGGGUUUCCAGCAAGCCAUCGACCGCUUUGAAAAAGAAGGCCGCUCGUUACCGAAAUCGUUUUUUCGUUGUCGUGCCGCAAUAAAUACACAUCCCGACCGCGUUCGCCACUGCGUAGUGUCUCCGCUUCACGUCAGAGUAUUGAUUGAACUGCGGAAGAUCUUGCAAACUCGAGAGGAGCGACGUCAGCACCCGACGUGCGUCCUCCUAGAAAGCGUCCUCGAGUCGCCAAGGACCCCUGGGAAUGCAGAAGCGAGACCGGCAGAAUGGCAUAAGCAAGAGGCAAGUCCUGCCGAGAGAAAGCCGGUUUCUGGAUGGGAGAUUAUCCCGGAGUACCGAGACUCUAGUGGAUUGUGGGUGGACAUCGUUGCGUGGCCGCGGGCGGCUCAGUCCACCGCGUGGUGA